UAGGGCAGGAGUGGGCAGAGAAAAGGUAAUGCUUGGGGGGUGAUUCUGAUAGGGAAGUGACUAUAUGGGGUGCUGGGGAGAGGCUCAUGUGGGUAAAUGGUAGGGUAUGGGGUGGGUCACAAUUUUGGGGGUGAAUGAGGGAUCGGACUGGCUCUGCUUUGCUUGGCUCUUAUACCAUCUAUCCCAAGAAUGUGCAAGCCACUCUGUACAUGUUCAAGGCCGUGCUCUUGCUUCCCAGGUACCAGAACUAGGCUGUGGCCCUGUGCCUGCAAGGAGAAGGGAGCUCAAAAACUAGACUGUAAAGCCAUUUUCCUGACAUGGAGGUGCAGCCAGAAGCCUUUGGCCCUGCUGGAGACGACACGAGCACAGAAGACACCUGCUUCCACUGUUCCACAUGUCGAGCCGACGAAGAACGGAGUUGUACCAACUCCAUGCGGGGACGGUCAAAGACACGCAGCUUGUCUGCUUCUCCAGCCCUGGGCAGUACCAAAGAAUUCAGGAGAACACGCUCCUUACACGGACCAUGCCCGGUGACCACAUUUGGACCAAAAGCCUGUAUGCUACAGAAUCCCCAGACUAUCAUGCACAUACAGGACCCAGCAAGCCAGCGGUUGACAUGGAACAAACCUCCAAAGAGUGUCCUUGUUAUUAAAAAAAUCCGGGACGUCAGCCUUCUGCAGCCCUUCAAAGACCUCUGCAUUUAUCUCACAGAGGUGAACAACAUGAUUGUUUAUGUAGAAAAAAAAGUUCUGGAAGACCCAUCCAUCAUGAGUGAUGAUAGUUUUGGACCAGUGAAGAAGAAAUUUUGCACUUUCAGGGAAGACUAUGAUGAUAUCUCCAAUCAGAUAGACUUUAUCAUCUGCCUGGGAGGAGAUGGGACCUUGCUUUACGCUUCUUCACUUUUUCCGGGCAGUGUGCCUCCGGUUAUGGCUUUCCAUUUGGGUUCGCUAGGUUUUCUGACCCCCUUCAAUUUUGAGAACUUUCAAGCUCAAGUCACGCAGGUUAUUGAAGGUAAUGCCGCCCUUGUCCUUCGAAGCAGGCUUAAGGUGAAAGUUGUCAAGGAGCACAGAGAGAAGAAGCCGAUGAUUCAGAACGGGAUCGAGGAAAACGGAGUGAUGUCACCAAGUCUGGAGAAAGACAUUUUCAAGCAGGCCAUCCAGUAUCAGGUCCUGAACGAAGUUGUGGUGGACCGAGGGCCUUCGUCAUACCUUUCCAACGUGGAUGUCUUUCUCGACGGGCAUCUCAUAACCACGGUGCAAGGAGACGGCGUCAUCGUCUCCACUCCGACCGGGAGCACGGCGUACGCGGCGGCGGCAGGCGCGUCGAUGAUCCACCCCAACGUCCCCGCCAUCAUGAUCACCCCCAUCUGCCCUCACUCGCUGUCCUUCCGGCCCAUCGUCGUUCCAGCGGGAGUGGAACUGAAGAUCAUGCUGUCCCCCGAUGCCAGGAACACGGCGUGGGUUUCGUUUGAUGGCCGGAAGAGGCAGGAGAUCUGCCAUGGGGACAGUAUCAGCAUCACUACCUCUUGUUACCCUCUCCCUUCGAUCUGUUUCCAAGACCCUGUGAGUGACUGGUUCGAAAGCCUGGCCGAGUGUUUGCACUGGAACGUUCGGAAGAAGCAAAAUAAUUUUGCUGUUGAUGAGGAGGAAGAGUUCUGAGCACUGGUGCUCGUGAAAACUCAUGGGAAGAGCUAACACGUGGCUCUUCCAUUUGUGUACAAAUGUAUUUUAAGGCUGUAACUACUGGGACUAGACCAAGAUAAUAUAUAUAUUAUAAUUUUUUUAAGACAGCAGUGUACCUCAUAUCCGUCUGUUUUGCUGAUGACCAGAGAUCAUGUUAUUUUUCUGUCGUGUCGGGAGGACUUGAGAUGAGACUUGUAAGAGGCAGAGGAUUUCUUUUUUGGUCAGGCAAAGAGAAAUGUUUGUUUGUAAAUGUAUGAUGCAUUUUCUGAACAAUGUUUUCUAAUAAGUUUUGCAGAAGCCUUAUUAAAAAGAAUGACAUUUUCUUGGACUUGUCCCCAGUGAUAGCAAAUCUACCUGUUUUCUUACUAGCCACACUUUCUGUGGAUCAAGCAAAUAUUUUUUCAUCCGGCACUGGUCAUAUUUGCACCUGCAACGGAGACUCUCGAACUGAGGAAAACCAAUGGUUCGUUUCCAGCGUGCGGUUUAUUUUUGUCUUCAAUGUAAAAGACGGGCGUUUUGAUGGCUGCUUAGAUUUUUUUCCUGUCGUUCUUUUAAGAACCUUUUCACUCUUGUCAAUGACAUUUUUGGGCUAAUUUCAUUACAUCUCCUUGAUGGUAGUCAAAAUGAGCUGGACUUUUUAAAAGAGCUCUGGCAUUUCAGAUAAUCAUCUGGAUGUAUGGACAUUAAGAAUGUUCAGGCAAGGGUGACUGUUCCAUUACGUUGUAAAGAUACUGGAGUGUUUUUGAGUGUUGGCUGAAUUUGAAGAUGCAGCCGCACGUAGGGGAAUAGGGAGUUUUGUGAAUGUCGUCUUGUGUGAACGCUGCGGGAAAUGAUAAGGAACAUGCAACAGGGAACCCAUGAUCUUGUAAGAGCCUCUUGCCCAGGUGAUACUUUUAGUGAAUUGUACUUUUAGUGAAUUGAGAGAGAGUUGCCAGCAAGUUUUGGCAGCACAAAUUUUGGGUGCUGCUUUAAGCAGAUUGCAGCAUUCAGAGCAGAAUUUUUGGGGAGCGGGGGGCACUCAGGAGUGCCAUCUCUAAGAGCCCUCCUAGUCCCGAGGACUCCUGCAAGAUCUCUUCCAGAAUGUUUCCAGUUUGGCUUCUGCUUGCAGAUAUUUUUUCCGGCUUGCUCAGCCAAGCAUGUUAGAACAAUGGUGUUCCCAGCAGAACUAGCAAGAUGGGGAAGUUCUGGCAUCAUUGCUGUCCUAUGUUCUGGGGUGGGGGGCACGUAACAACAUAUUGUUCUGGAGCUCAUGUGUCCCCCCCCCCCUUCUAGUGAGGCUGUUUUUCUGCAUCGUUAAAAUGCAAGACAAGAAGCGUGUUCGUGAUCCAACUGGUGGGGCCUUCUGUUGCCUCCCCUUUGGGAAUACCGGCCAGCCUGGUGGUUUCUUCUGAACCACGGAGCAGAAGGACAGCUGCUUGGGAUGGGACCCCACGAAAGUCCUCUAAGCUGCUGGGAAGCUCAUGGGUCUGGAAUGGGCCUGCUGUUACCAGUGCCCAAUCAAGACAGUAGACGAGUGUCUGCUUAAAAAGACGAGGCGACUUUCCUAGCUGAAUCACUGUGGUAUCUUCAACACACUGUGUGUAUGUUUGUGUGUGGGUUUUUUGUUUGUUUGUUUUAGAUCCUGCCUUUUUAAUGCUUCUGUAUUACAGAUUGACAUAUUUUUAACCCCCUGGCUUGUGUGAAGGCAAAUAAAAAGAGGAUUGUUCAAGGAAAGGGCAUCUGUCCAACCCCCUCCCUUUUGCGGGAGGUAAGAUUCUGCUCCUCUGUGACUCGGUCUUGGUUCUUCACUUGCAGUGGGCUGAGCUUGUGGGAUUACUUUACGUGGACUGAGCGACUUCAGAUGAAUUGUAGGGGAUUCCAGUCUUGAAUCCUUCCCUCACAUUAAAAACAAAAAAACCAUCAUAAAGGAAACAGAUAUAAAAGGGGAAAGUUGGCGAUCUCUCUCUGUUCUAGUGUUUUUCUAUCGGAAAGGAGUUAUGUUGUUGUUCUGCUUCCCAUUUAUUUGAAGGGGGAAUAUUCAAAAGUGUCAUCUCUUAGGUUCAUUCUGAAGUGGAACAGUCCAUCCUAGAAUCCAGUCUUGACUGUACCACUUCACUCUCCUGCUUCUGUGUAGACCAAGGCUUUGACUUUUACAUCUAUGUAGUUUGUGUGAUCAGCUUUCCCUGCUCCCCACAGUUUGCCUCACAAACAUCCCGAGAUCUUUUUCACCAGAACACGUUUUUUUCAGCCCACACUUGAUGGAAAGGAAGGACAGGCACUGACGGCAGUUCGGAUACCCUAAAUAAAUCAAAUAGAACGUGGUCCGUGUUUUGUAGCUGUCUCAAUGUCAGGGAAACAGCGUGUGUAAAUCCCCACCACAGCCUUGUUGAUGUUGCCCUCGUGUGUCCUGUUUUAAACAGAGCAUGUGUUCUGCUCUCAACUGCAGCCGUGUCUACGGCACUAAAACCUGUGCAGGUGUGUAAAUGUAUUUGUGUAAAAGCGGCUCUUGUAAAUACUUUGUGUACCAGCGUAGGGGGUUUAUUUGACAGCUCUUGAAGUUCAGUCCGAACGAGCAAAAGCUUGGCAGUCCCACUUCCCCCUUCCCUGUGCAAGGAUGCUUGGACAACUGUUUUGCUACUCAAAUUCUCUGUUAAGGUUUUGUGUUAUCACUGUUUUGAAAGCGACGAGUUUUCCAGCUGGCAGGAGUAUUGUUUGUGAACUGCAGUCCUAAUUCCCUUGCUGCAGAGAUGCAAACUUUACAGCUUUGUAAAGAAGUCCACAAAAUUACUAACCUGCAAAAAUAUUCUACUGGCCUGCUGGAAAGUGUCUGAUGUGGGGGAAAAAAGCUGAAUUUUUAUGCUGGCUCUGGAGGAGUUUUUACUCCUCCAGCAGUCUGCUUGAUUCCUACACAGAGCAGAGACGGGCAGCAAAAUGCUCUCUCUCUCUCCACCCUUAAGUACCAUAAUUAAGGAAUGGGAUGGGGUAAAAAGUGUUAAUGUUAAUUAACACUUAUUAGUGUUAAUAUGAAGUAUUCAAGUGGGUGGGAGAUUAGUAGAACAAGCAAAAAUCUCUCACAGAUGAGAUGACAAGAUCAAGUGAGCUUUACUGAGACGAUUCAGAAGUUUUCUUAUUCAAAACUGCUCCUUCCACCCUUCAAGAUAUUCUACAGUUUUCUGAGCUAAGAAUGUUUUUUAGGAUACAAAGAAAUGAUGAUUCAUGGAAAGGAAGGUUUUAAAUCAGGUUUUCCUACAGGAUCGUGCAGUGACUUCUCCUCAGCCGAUUCCGUUCUAGUGUUUCUCUUGACAUGUCGGAGGCCUGGAUGAAAUGCCCCAAAGCAGUAGCAGACUGGAAGAACGGGCACAUCUCAUCACCCUGUCCUGGGUGCCUCUAGCUCUGGAAGAUGCAGCGUAUCAUCUUGAUAGCUGGUCUUCCCGGGUCAAAGGCCGCCUCCCGUCCUUACGCCUUGACGCAAAGGACCGUUUCGGGCCCCAGUGCCAGGACAAAGGGCAGCGCUCCAGGCUCGUGCCCUCCGGUUUGCGUUCAGGUGCUGAGCCCGCAGCCCUGCCCAGCCUUGCUCUCUCCUGCUGCUUUUCCACCCAGCAGUUCACCGGAAGGAAGCUUAGUCUCGGCUUGUGAACUGCUUUCCACCGAGUGUCAGAGGUUGCCACCAGACAACCCAGGGAAGCCCAUAGUGAAAUGUGAACAUCCGUGCAGCAGCUGCCCCUGUGCCUUCCCAGUCAGCCCUUGCCAGCUCUGGGGUGGUACAAGAGUCCUGCUUGGUGUAUCAAGUAAGAGAAAGGGGGUGAACGGGAGGAUUAAAGUGACGCAAACACAAGGCAUAGCCAUUUGCAGGCAGGUUCUGUUCCAGGCUGAGCUCGGCACGCCUUUACACGAUGCAGCAGAGUUGGUGUCCUGCACCUUCGUCGUCACUCCCUGGACGUUCUCGUCCCUUCUGCUAAAUUGAGGGCCUUGGAUUUCAGCCGGUUCACGUCAUCGGAAGUUCAAUGUGUGACUUAAUGGCAGAAUGAGGAGCUUCCCUGGAAGUUACUCCUUGGGAGGCUGACUGCCAAGUUCUUGCUUCCAGCAUCCCCAGGCCCAGCCUCAGUCCUUUCUGGUUACGGUGCAUCCCGGGUGGAUGCAAGAGAGAGAGGGCUCGGGGUGAUGGUGGCAGAAAGUAUGUUUGGGUAAAGAACUUGGUAAUUCUGCGGGCUGUGCCAUGGUGUAUCAGAGAAAUCGCUGGUCAGCCUUUUUCUUCCAAUGUGGUGAGUCUUUGUUGUUUUACUGAAACUCGUCCCUGCCCUGAAUUCUGAUGUUUAUAAAGUCUAAUGUUUCCUAUUGUGGAUGCUUUGAAAACUUGCUAAACACUGCAGAGAGCCUAUGACUAUUUUCCAGAUCUUUUCAAUAAAUCUUUCUCUUUUUCCAA